AGGAAAUGGCGCCGUCCUCCAAUGAGCAAUGACCUCAAGUAGGGGUACACCCCCACAUGAUUCAUGACACAUUUUUUAGCAAACAACGUUAGAUUUAGCAAUUAUCAAGGAAGCCACCACACGAGCAAACAUAAUUUCAUAUUUUUUUCUAUAGUAAAAGUAUUAAUCCCUCAUUCUUGAUUUUCCCCUUUUUCUCAAAUAUCAAAUCUACAAUCUUUUUAUUUUUCUUGUAAAAAUCGAUUCUUGAAAGAAAAAAACAAAAAAAAAAAGACACCCCCUUUUCUUGUUUUUCCCCCUUUCCCCUUUCCCUUUUUGUUGUUUGGUUUGUUUUGGAUUGUGGGUGUUUUUCUUCUAGUGUUUGUUGUGGAGAAAGAAAACAAAAAGGGGUCUCAAAGAAAUGGCACAAAAUGAGCAUCAGCAGCAGCAGCAGCAGCAGCAAGGGUUAAUAGAGCCUGCUGUUCUUGAUGAUAUUAUCAAUAGGCUUUUGGAGUUUAGGAAUGCAAGAACUGUUAGGCAGGUUCAGAUUUCUGAAGCUGAGAUCCGUUCCCUUUGUAGUGCUUCAAGGGAAAUCUUCCUUCAACAACCUAAUCUCCUUGAACUUGAAGCACCCAUCAAGAUCUGUGGUGACAUUCAUGGCCAGUAUGGUGAUCUUUUGAGGCUUUUUGAAUAUGGGGGAUUUCCUCCUGAGGCUAACUAUUUGUUUUUAGGGGACUAUGUGGACCGUGGUAAACAGAGUUUGGAAACAAUAUGCCUUCUGCUUGCAUACAAAAUUAAAUAUCCUGAAAACUUCUUUCUCUUGAGAGGAAAUCAUGAAUGUGCUUCUAUUAAUCGGAUUUAUGGUUUCUAUGAUGAAUGUAAGCGCCGAUUCAACGUGAAGCUAUGGAAAUGCUUCACAGAAUGUUUCAAUUGUCUUCCCGUUGCUGCUCUCAUAGAUGAGAAAAUACUGUGCAUGCAUGGUGGUCUUUCUCCAGAUCUAACAAACUUAGAUCAGAUAAGAAAUUUACCUCGUCCAACUGAUGUUCCAGAUUCUGGGUUGCUGUGUGAUUUACUUUGGUCAGAUCCUAGCCGGGAAGUUAAAGGUUGGGUGAAUGAUAGGGGAGUUUCAUAUACUUUUGGUCCUGAUAAGGUUGCAGAAUUCUUGAUGCAACACGAUAUGGACCUUGUUUGUCGUGCCCACCAGGUUGUUGAAGAUGGUUAUGAAUUUUUUGCUGAGAGGCAGCUAGUGACAAUAUUUUCGGCCCCAAACUACUGUGGUGAAUUUGAUAAUGCUGGGGCAAUGAUGAGUGUUGAUGAAAGUUUAAUGUGCUCGUUCCAGAUACUGAAGCCAACAGAUAGAAAACCUCGGUUUUUAUGAGGCAAAAAUCGAUAGCUUUUAUCUAUGCGCUCUCAGAGCACCUAAGAAAUUCUUAUGGCUGGCAAAGAGCAGUUGAAGAUGAAGACAACUUCUGGGAUGUACAUCGUACGAGUAUGUUUUAGAACGGAGAGGAGCUAGUUGUUGGUUAAAAAAGCCUUCUCUUCCAAGCUUAAAAAUCGAGGACCUAACUGUAGUUUUGAGGUGGCCUCAAGGCCACAUACUCUUUUUCAUUUUAAAUCUGUCUUUUCAUAUUUUACUUAAUUUCAUGCAAUUUAUGAAUUAAAACCGUCUAAAUCGGUAUGUAAAUUGCGGUGCAGAUAUGUAGAUUGUUGAUACUAAAAAAUUGCUCAGUUGCAGCAACUUCCUGAAUUGGAUGGUAGUUUCUCUGUGAGUCUUAAUGAUUUGCUACUGGUUCUUAAUGA